CAUAUCUCUCUCUAACUCUUCCAAUAGGUUCUUGAUCUUGUGCAACCAUGCGUCCACCGGUGAAGAGAGUUGAUUACAAGGUAGGAGAUAAAGUUGAAGUAUGCAGCAAAGAAGAAGGGUUUGUAGGUUCGUACUUUGAAGCUACAAUUGUUUCAUGUCUAGAGAGUGGAAAAUAUGUGAUCCGUUACAAGAAUCUUCUUAAAGAUGACGAAUCGGAACUUCUUAUGGAAACACUUUUUCCAAAAGAUCUUCGUCCAUUACCGCCACGUGUUCAUAAUCCUUGGAGGUUUGAACUCAAUCAGAAAGUUGAUGUGUUUGAUAACGAUGGUUGGUGGGUAGGGGAAAUCGCUAGCGAGAAGAUCUUAAUGGAAAAGAGUUACUACUAUAGUGUGUAUUUUGACUAUUGCCAUCAAACUAUUUACUACCCUUGUGAUCAGAUUAGGGUUCAUCAAGAAUUGGUUUGGGGAGACUGGAUCUUUGAGGCAUAACUCAUAUAUCACACCACCAGGAUUGUUAUAUCAAGAUUCUUGUUCUUGUCGCUGAAACUACGAUAUAUAAUACAUGGUUAUCAGUUAUAUUGUAUUUACAAAUUGUAGACAUUGUCCCUGUUGAAUGUAUUUCGAAUUGUUUAUUGGCAAUAAUAAAU